AGUACUGUCUAUAGACGUGCACUACACUAGGAUAUGAAAUAAUGGGCUUCUAAAGCGUAUGUAGUCCACUACUUGUAAAAGAACACUAUUUUAUUACUCAGCCUUUAGCAAGGAAAACCGUUCACCCAAUGCGUACACACUGCAAGGAGAGAUGAACGAAGACGCAUUUGAGGUCCCUGAAAGGAACGAGUACCGCUACCUCGUUCAGGAUGAAGCUGAAGAUGAGAUUCAAUAUGUCCGCCGCUACUACGUCAGCCCAUUCCUGCAGGUGUCCCGCAGGUGCAUGUUUUUGAUCGGCUGCGGCAUUCUCGGCCUUCUCACUCUCGCCGGAUACCUGGCUUACGUGGCUCAGACUCCUCCUCAUGGUUAUGCUGAGGUGCUAACAGACUGUGGUUUGCUGCACGGGCAAUGGAAAGACGGCGCAUACUCCUUCAAAGGUAUUCCGUAUGCCGUGCCACCGGUCGGCGAACACCGUUGGCGUCCUCCAGCAGACCUGAAAGCUAAUGGAAAGUGCUGGGAUGGUGUUUACAAUGCCACAUAUUUUCGUAGCAUGUGUGCCCAGGUCCGACCUCUCAGGGAAGACGGGCAUGUGAUGGGUCACGAAGACUGCCUGCACUUGAACAUCUGGACACCCAGCUUGGUGCCUAAUGGUGCUCUGCCUGUCAUGGUGUGGCUCCAUGGAGGAGACUUGCACAUGCUGAGUGGGCAGGAGAAUGGCUAUUCGCCCACAGAGAAGCUGGCGAACCAAACACAAACUGUGUUUGUCAGCCUAAAUUACAGGCUUAAUGCAUUCGGCUUUAUGGCUUUGGAGCUACUAAGAAAAGGUUCUCCAACUAAUACCUCAGGCAACUACGGCUUCAUGGACCAGAUUCAAGCUCUUCAUUGGGUUCAAAAAAACAUCCAUGUGUUCGGUGGAGACCCAAAGAAAAUCACCAUAUUUGGCGGGACAUCAGUAGGGGCUUUGAUGAUUUCGCCUCGAGCUAAGGGUCUGUUUCAUCGUGCAAUUGGAAUGAGCUCGUCAUUCGUGUCUAACUCCUCUUUGAACGCAGCUGAACGAGGCAACCUUGAAUUCUUAAAGAAAACAGGCUGCCAAGAUGCCACCUGCCUUCGACAGCUUAACAUGACUCGGAUCCUCCAGGCCAUUCCAUGGGAGCAAUACCCAUCUUGGGCAAAAAAUGGACUGACAGACAUCCCUAUUAUAGGGACUUUAUAUGGUCCAGUGGCAGUUUUAGAUGGUCAUGUUCUCCCCACUCAUUCAUUUAAAGCUUGGGAGAAAAGUGAAUUUUACAAUGACGUUCCAUUCGUGGUUGGAACAGCAGAGCAAGAAACCGACUACAGUCCACCAAUGAAAAACAUAUCCACCUGGACAUGGAGUGACUACCAGUGGUUUCUCUCAGAGAUGUUAAGGCCAUUUGGAAAUCAGGUGCUGUCCCAGGCCCAAAGACUGUACAACAGUUCUGCGCCAUGCCCAACCAAUGAUCGCUGUCCUGAAAGACUCUACACCACUUUAGUGUCAGAUAUAAGAGCCAGCUGCCCGAGCAACCACCUGGCCAAGCAAGCUGCAGAGGCCUUGAAGAGCCCUGUGUACCGCUAUCUGGUGACCUACACUCCAUCCAAAGCAGCUGAUUCAUCCACGUGGCUCCCUUAUCCGAGCCGCUUCUCCUUCCACAUGAUGGACGGCUUGGCAUUUUUUGGUGGCCUAGAGAUGGCACUGGGGACCAUGACCUCUACAGACAAAGCAUUUCAGGAGAUGCUCACAAAAUACUUCAUCCAGUUUGCAAAAGAAGGUAAAAUGCCAGAGGAUUGGCCUGAGUUCCCGUCUCAGACUGCGAUCCUGAAUCAGAAGCUCUCCGUGGCACAGAAUCCUUUAGCAGAGAGAUGUGCUCUGUGGGAAAAGAAUAGCUUUCAUUCAUAUGCUUGGUUCAACUAAUAUGGUUUUAUUGGACUCUCAAAAGGAUAAGCUUCACUAAACAAAUAUGCAGCAAGCACAAGCAGCUAUGAAAAUGAAAAGAAAACUGGCUGUUUUGUUUUGCCGUUUUUGGUCGAUAUUGAUCUGGCCAAAAAAUGCAGGAAGGAAGUAUUUUAUUUUGCACUGACAGUCGAGCACAUUCUUUGUUUUAUUCAUUGUUAAACAAAAAUAAAGAAACUUUAGUUUUUAAUAAGGAAAUAUAUUUUGACUUUGCAAAGCACAUUAUCGUAUACUUUCUUACAGGGCUGCAUAUUAAUCUCAAAUAUUAUACAUAAUUUUUUACCACAUUUGGCUAGGUUUUAGGUCUAGGUUAGGUCCAGUGUAUUCAUUUAAAUUAAAAAAAGAGGAGAUGGAUUUCUCCUUGAUAAGACGAGUGUUUUGAUACGUCACACAUCUGUGUUUGCAGGGUUGGACAGGUUUAAUGAUGUCAUGUGACGUUAAUGCAUUUAAGUUGAUCCGUGUCUGUGUUGCAGGAGGUUUACGUUUAGAAAUGAGUAUUCGUGAACAACUUCGAUUUGAGCUCCUGAGAGUGUGUACAUUUGUGCAUUAGAAGACUGAAAAACCUUGACUUGCUUGAUUGCAAAUCAUGUGAUUUGUAAGGGAAAAGAGUACGAUUUUGUAAAAUCUAGUCAUUUACAUUAUUAGGCUUAAUUAAAGAAAAUAAAAAAACUCCAAAUUAUUCAGAACACACAAUUUACAAGAAAUUGGAACAAAAGAAAUGCCUUCGUUUGAAACAGAUGUGGGUCAAUCUGCGUAUAUCCAGGAGCCAUGAACAAACAUCUGAUGGAAAAGUAAUGCCAUACUGGACAGAAAGGAUCUGUAAAGACCAGUAUGAUUUUGCCACAGCAUCUUAUUUAACCUCCAGCAUGUCUGUCAUGAGACAAACAGGUUCCCCUUGCAUAUGUUUAGUGUGUUUUACAUCUCCUGACUUAAAUCCCACCCAGUUCACUUUUUGCCCUUAGAAUUUGACCUUCACAGCAUUUUAUGCAUUUUAUGUUUCCGGCCCUUUGUGCUCUUUGCCAUGGAUUCAUUUUUCCACUUGUGCCAGUAAAAAGAAAACCAAAUUUUCCCCAAAAGUUUGGAAAUGUUUUUUAACCAAAUUGUGUUUAAAAAAUAAAGAUUGAUUAAAUGAAUCUAACUUUUAUUAUCUUGCUACUAACGCAAUUAGAUGCAAAACAAACUAAAUCAACCGAGUGCAUCAGCAUCCCUCGAAAGUGUGUAAAUAAAGAGUUUGAACAUUUAAAUUAUGAGCAUGUUUCAAUAAAAUAAGCCCAUUAGACAUGCUAUGCUAACCAACAGCAAAGUUAAUUAUGGAUUAUCAAAGAAAACAACCGAUUCUUCCGCAGACUUAAUUGAUUUAACUAGAUAUAGAACAAUCCUGAAGUGUUUUACUCGUCAUAUUCCAUGGCAAUUUACCCAAAAUAUCUAUUUUUUUAAUUAAUCAGUUUAUAGUUAAUGUUGUGGAAUGUGAAUGAAAAACAUUGUUCUUAGUUAUAUUAUAGUAGCUAUAAACAGUUGUUCCAUCACCAAGCUCUAAUUAGGCAGAAAAACAUUAUCACCUUAUAGAGCAGAGAUUUCCAAGCUGGGGCCUGUGGUGACCUUUGAUUUGGCAAACCAUGCAAUAUAUGAAAAGAUGAAAAAAAAUAAAGGAAAAUAUGCCAUUUGAAAAAACUUGGGAUAAAAAAAAAAGUCCCAGCUUCAUGUCUCUCAUUAGAGGUCCCUGAAUAGCUGAAUUAGGCACUGAACAAUUCCACUGUACAAUAAAUUCUCAUUAUACAAGAACUUUCACCAAACUUGACAAAUGAAAAUAAGUUAAGCAUCAGUUAAGCAGAUUACAGAGUAAUUCAUGUUUUCUUUUUUUAUAUUUUAAAUAUGACAACUUCAUUUUACUCUAAUGUUUGGUAUAUGCCAACAUUUGGGCGACGGCCCUCAAUCCAGUUAGAAAUUUUGGCUCUUUGUAUAUAGAAAAAAGUGCGAUAGAGGAACCAAAAAGUAUUAAGACUUUGCUAUAUGGAAAAACCUACCUGGGAAGACUUCUUCCAUAACUGCAAAUCUCCUUACAGAUGUUUUCACUAAAUACUUUUUAUCGGAGUGGCACCUCUUCUGUGGUGAUGAAAGUUAAUGUAAAUAUUACUGUAGAAAUGUAACACUUUCUGUCCAUGCAGAUUCAAGCUUGAUCAUCAUAGUACGACUAAUUGUUCAGCCGAUCAAGUUUUAUAAAAAAUUCCUUUUCCUUGAGCAUUGUCAGUGCAAGAAAAUGAACUAGAUGUGUCGUUUGCAUUCAGGUGUUAUACGCAUUUCUCUUCCCAUCAUCCUGAAGGGUGACUUUGCUUUUUGUUAUCUGUGAUUAGAGGGUUCCUGACCCUUCCAGGAUGGAGGCUGUGAUUAGAGAAUCAUGCUGUAGACCUAGGCUUAUCCAUUACUCCUCGUUCUGUCUCGAUGAUUGGACAGGUUGACUUGUGCGAUCUGCGCCAGAAGACUAGAUGAAAGGUUCUUAUCGAAAGAGUGCGCAUGAAAGCGCUGACAUGUAUAGACCUCACAUCAAAGCGCUGAGGUUUUCAUUUUGUGCAGCAGAUUUAUGGGGUCAGAAUCUACACCACUUUUUUAAUUAUUAUUAUUUCCUUUGAGAGUUAAAUGUCUUCCACAGCCACUGUUGAUUUGUACUUUUUUUUUAUAUUUUGAAAUGUUUUUAUACACAAUGAUAUUAAAUGAUUGCAUUUUGGGGCUCAACUUUUAUUUAAAUAAAAUCAAUUUCCACUGGUCUACAAUAAACCUCUGUUGUCAGGUGAAA